AUGUUGUUUCAGCGUUGGAUGCGCGAGUGGACCAUAGCCUGGAACGUUGGAUAUCCAGUAGCGCUAUGCCUUUGAGGGCAUGAUAUAUUCACAAGUAGGUCAAAGAAGUUACUAUCGUGAAGCUCCGAUUGGAAAGAACCAACAAAGUGUAGUGUAAUUUAGCACAAAUCGAUUUGAAUUUGAUUCCUAAGAACGCGACCUACUUAAAAUGAACGUUAACGUGUGUGUGAUAUUUCUGGUGAUAUUCUCGAUCAGUGGAAGUGCUUAUACGACACAGCGGUCGAAUCUGCGUGACGAUGAAGGUAGUCCAUUUCUGGACAUGGCAUCGGAUUUUCUACAAUCGUUAGGAAAUCAAAAUGGAGGUAGUAAUAAUGCGGCAGCUGGACUGUCGGGAAUUGCUUCCAUGCUACUUCCGUUAAUGGCUAAUGCUAAUGCAGGAGGACCAGGAAAAACGAGCAACGAUGGAGUCGGAGCGAUUCUGUCCGGAAUCGGUAGCUUGUUGGCCAAUGCAAACGGCGGAAAUGGCGGAGGGGGUGGUAGCGGCGGAUUUGAUCCCGCUCUUAUCGGGAAUGUGAUUCAAAUGUUUGCCGGUGCAAAUGAGGAGCAGCCUGUGCAAAAAAGAGCUAGUAAGCGCCAGAAGCGUCAAAAGGCGGAAGAAGGAAAUCCCAUCCUUGACACUGUGCUGACGGUGGCUCAAACGUGGCUAGCUAAUUACAAUACCGUGGAUGGUAGUGACGGCAAGGAACCUCAGCAUCCAGGUAUCAACGGUGACACGAUUGCGAACUUGCUUCCACUCGCUGUUCAAGCAAUCCAAGCUUUCAGCGGUCCCGAAAUGGAGAAAACCCAGGAGAAACAUAAGGAUCACUCGUUGGUACUUCCUCCCUUCCUGGAGCAUAUACACGUCAUGUGGGACCAAUUCACACAGUCCGAACUUUUCGAAGCCAUCUGGACCAAGGUGGGCCUGGAUAAGGUGUUUAAGGGAUUUGUCGGACGUGAUGGUAAGCUGGAGUAUGAUAGGCUUUUCGAUACACUGCAAAACCAAUCAUUCCGGCGAAGGUGGAUUAAAGCCGCAACGAUUUAUCUUGCCGAAUGGGCUAAUUAUAUCGCCAACCCAGAAGUGUAUCAAAGAUAUGUGACUACCGGACAGUUGAUGGCCAAUGGCUUUCUGCAGUCACGAGGCUACCCCAAACAAACCAUGCUGGAUAUCAGCCGUCCCAGUGAAACCAUUUCCAAUCUAAUCGACUACACCGCCAAGAAGCACCUGCAGGUGAAAAUUUCUUCGGUAACCUACGUAAAGCCAGCGGUCAGCUACGUCAAAGAUUUACUCAAACUGGGCAAGGCGAAACAAUUUCUGCAACAGUACAACGCAACAGAACUGACGGAUAAGCUGACCGACACGCUCAAUCUGGAGGUAAUUGAACCGGUGCUGAAAGUUCAUCGUGCCUACCGGCAAGCGAUCCAGACGCCUCACUGUGAUAAAUACAUUCUGUGUGAGAUCAACUCGCACGAUCCGAACGAGAAGCUCGGACUUGGAGGCUUUAAACGAGGUGUGACCAAGUUCGGUAGCAUGGCAGCGUCCUGGUUCAUCAGUCAGGAAACACACACGCCCUUCUGGACACUAUUUGCCAUCAUCAACGAUCCGCACAACUGUCAGGCCAAACACCCCGUUGACUGUUCGGAGUUCCACGAGAAUGAAAACAAGGUGACCACAGAAUAUCCACACAAUGAACUGUAGUCGGCGAAGGAUGCAUGUUGUUUAGUGAAAAAGAAAAAAAAGUGAUUGUUGACAGAAAAGGCAGAAAAUCGGGUGAUUUUCCAAGGUACCUUAACUCAUACUCGAUUUGCGAAGAUGAUCAUUGAGGUUUGAAAUUUACAUUUGAUUAUUACGAACAAGUAGAUUUAAGUGAACGAAAGUAAGCAAAAGAAAGCAAUACAAAUCAGAGAUGCGAGACAGCUACAAUGGGCGAAGCACCGUUGAAAACCCUAAACAUGAAUUAUUACAUAACGGUAGUUAUUGUUCUCGCAGGUAAAUAAAAAUGAUUGAACUUGUACAAGGUAUCGAUCGUGCAUUUCCCUAUUGAAUGUAAAUUUCAAACGGUUUAUGUAGGGCAUUCGGAUGAGCUCGCGGAAAUCACAUCCAAAAAUAUAAG